AAAAAGUCAGUAGUAGGCAGAGAGACGUCUGUCUCUCCGCGAGUAAAGCGAGCCUUGCAGAGCAUAGGCGACUGCUGGCCAGUAGUGCGCGCGACACGUAGCUGCAUAGUGUGUGUCGUAUACGCGCGUGUGCGGAAGAGAGAAGGAGAGUUGCAGAAAGAGAGAGACCUGGUGGCGGCCGCGGAUCAUCUCUCAAGGAGACGAGCUGUGCGUGGGACGUUUGGAGGCGAGUAGCUGUUCCGAGCACCAGGAAACAUGGCGGACGUCGAGCUGAACAUCGACAACCUGAUACAGAGGCUGCUCGAAGCAUACCAGAACCAGAAAGAAAACCAAAACCAGGUUCAGGUACAGACUCAGAAGAAAGCCAAGCUUAAAGAUAUUUUUUCUUCAGACUUUGUUGUGCGAGGAUGUCGACCAGGCAAGUCUGUUAUUAUGACAGAGGCUGAAGUAAGAGGCCUCUGCCUAAAGUCACGAGAAAUCUUCCUCCAACAACCAAUACUUUUGGAACUUGAGGCACCCCUGAAGAUUUGUGGAGACAUUCAUGGCCAAUACACUGACUUACUGCGGCUCUUUGAGUACGGCGGCUUUCCACCUGAAGCAAAUUACCUAUUCCUAGGUGACUACGUUGACAGAGGCAAACAGUCGCUGGAGACAAUAUGUUUAUUACUUGCAUACAAGAUUAAGUACCCAGAAAACUUUUUCUUAUUGAGAGGAAAUCACGAAUGUGCAAGCAUAAACAGGAUAUAUGGUUUUUAUGAUGAGUGCAAGCGCAGGUAUAACAUCAAAUUAUGGAAAACUUUCACAGACUGUUUCAAUUGCUUACCAAUUGCUGCUAUCAUAGACGAGAAAAUAUUCUGUUGUCAUGGUGGACUUAGUCCUGAUCUGCAGGGCAUGGAACAGAUUAGACGAAUCAUGCGCCCGACAGACGUACCCGACACUGGUCUCCUCUGCGACUUGCUGUGGUCGGAUCCAGAUAAGGAUGUUCAGGGCUGGGGUGAGAACGAUAGAGGGGUGUCCUUCACGUUCGGACCGGACGUGGUGUCAAAGUUCCUGAACCGUCACGACAUGGACCUGAUCUGCCGAGCGCACCAGGUCGUCGAGGACGGCUACGAAUUCUUCGCAAAACGACAGCUCGUCACCCUCUUCUCCGCGCCCAACUACUGUGGCGAAUUCGACAAUGCCGGCGGCAUGAUGAGCGUUGACGAAACCCUCAUGUGCAGCUUCCAGAUUUUGAAACCGUCAGAAAAGAAGGCCAAGUAUCAGUACGGUGGAAUGAACGCCGGCCAAACAGGCAGCCGACCAUCAACUCCACAAAGAAAUCCAGCGAAGAAAAAAUGACCACCCACAGCUGAGCCUGCAUAGCCACAAACACUGGCGUUCUAAAACAGUUACAGGACGUCGCAACCAAACUCUAAAUACCGAUUCGUCAAGUUUAAAGUAUGAAAAAUCUACCCCUUCCUUAAUUGCAUAUUUUUCAUUAAGCGAAAAUGUGGGCAAAAUCUCGCCUUCCUAUUUGUCAAAACAAUUACUUAAGCGAAUUAUAGACGCAUGAUUUAUUCAUAAAGUAGAUCUUCCUUCACAAAGUUAACCUCAAACGAAAUCUUUUUUAAUAUUAUUUUCAUUCGAUUAUUUAUUGCAUAUUAUUAUAAUUAGCAUUAAUGCUCUUGUAUGCAGGUAAAUUAAUUAUGAUUUAACGAUGGAAAAGCCAUACUUAUACACUCAUAUACACACAAAUACACAAAUAUAAUGCAUUCAUAUGUACACAGACAUACACAUAUGUAAAUUUAUUUUUUUUUUUUAUAACUAUUACCAGGAAAUGGGUAAUAUUGUGAGGUAACCCAGUAUUUAAUAGCAUUGAUUAUUUUAAAUACAAUUUAAUGUCUUGCUGAUUUAAGACUUCAAAAGUCGAGUAAUCAAUCGCGCAUUAGCAAAUAUUUUUUUGUAUUUUCCCUUUAUAAGUUCAAAACAAUGAUAAAAGGGCAAAAUCAAAUGAUAACUUGAAAAGAUGCUUCUUUUCUCUAUUAAAUUGAUUGAAAAAGUAUAUAUUUGUAAAAAAAUGAAAUUUUAUAAAUUAAUAAAAAUAUUGCGUUGAUGCUUUUCAUUAACAAAAUUCUUCAGAACAGUAAUUUCUAUUUGGUGAACCAGAAAUGAUAUCGCCUUCUGCAUUAUACACGAUAACGAUUAUAUAUGUGUGAUAGCUGCAUUGAUGAUUUUUAGGCAUUAAUCACAAGGCACACAAACAUACUUUGCUGAUUAAGUUCAUUGAAUCAAGUGAACGUGAAUUAUCUGUGGUGAGACUCGAGUAGAAAAAGGGGAGUCCAUAGACGAGUUUGUAAAUUCUACAGUUUAUCUUUCGUACACUACGAAAUUGCAUUAUUGAUCUAAAGAGGAUUUAAAGUUGUAUAAGAAUCAUUUUAAGCAUGUAAAUUUGCUUUCACCAACUAUAGUUUUCAGACAAAGUCAGAGAAAUACUCUACGACAAGCUAGAUUUUAUACAAAUUUAAAAAUGUGUAGAUCAUUGACUAUAGACACCCCUGUAAUGAGAUGGCAAGCAGGUAGACGAAUAGGAUAACCAACUGCAUUGUUAUGCGUCAGGGAACGUGAGCAUCGAAUCGUUAAUAAUUGAUUAGCUUCUCUGUAAUCUAUACCCUUCUAAGCAAUAGUAGUAAUUUGCACGACGCAAGUCUUCCUCUCUAGUAUAUCUAAUUAUACUAACAGCUGAAAACUCCUUGAUACUCUACUGCAUUUAUUUUGUAACAUCGAUGUAUAUGUUGGUUUUUACAUUGCAGCAAUGAAUACAUAGUAAAUGUUUUGUAUGACUAGAUUGCAUAUUUUUAAUUUUUUAUAAUUAAAAAUAAUUGUAUAAGACAAUUGAGAAACAGGAUACUCAUUUUAAAAUUUUGAGACUUACAUAGCUCGCUGAAAAGUAUACAAGGACGUUUACUGCAUACGAUUCAAUCUUUGUAAAUGGCUAUAUUAAAUAACACAUAUAAGCUACACUAUGUCGCUCAUUAAAAAGACUAUUCAGUACGAUCUAACUUCUGGAUAUGACAUUUGUUGUGUGCCUUGUUCACUGAUGCGACCGUCUGUCAACUCCUAUUCGAUUUAAUACCGCAAAAAACUAAGAAACUAAACAAUCGAACAGAAAUGCAGGGAAACAGGAGAUGAUAUAAUAAGGAAUCAGUAUUUUUUUAAGUACGCAAUCUGUACGGUUUUGAUUGCCUCAUAUGCCUUUUUUAGCUUACACACCGUUAUAUGUUGUUCGAUGGGUAGUGGAAAUAUAGUUUUUUAGCGAUGGAUUUUCUAGAUAGAUUUUCUGAUAAUCAAGGAGAGUUGCAAGUUUAUUCGAAGAUAAUAUCAUAGUCGAGGUGAUUUUGCAGUCGGCUUGUGUGUCAUGCGAGAGAAAUAGAAAAAUAAUGAAGAUGAAAAAAUGAUAAAAUGAUUUGUCAGACCACAAAAAUCUUUGCAUUUGUAGCAUCUUUGUUGAAAUUAUGACGAUUUUAUAUUUUUAUGAGAAGACGAGCUCAAUUUAUAUUGCGUUUUGUCAAUGGUAAAUUUAUAUAUAUACACACACAGACACACGUAGACACUUGUGGGAGCUGCGCUGACUUAGAAUCUAGAAAAAAAAUCUAGAGGAUUCAUUGUAUUUUUUUACAUGGGCACUGUUACUAUGAUGAUUUUUCUCAAGUGUCUAAAGGUUGAUUAUUUUACUUUUUUGAUUGAAAUUUUAUUUUGUAAGCUUUGUUGUGAGAAAAUGUAACUGUUGUAUUUUUUUUAUACAAUAAGUCGUGACGUUAAGCCAAGAAAUCUCAAUGUUGCUUCAAAGCACAGAUCUUUAUUUUAAUUUAUAUAUUUCAUUAGUUGUAUAAUGAUUUGCGUCAAAUUUUACUUAUAAGUGGCCUUAUUAAAUUGUAUAUUUAUAUUCAUAAGUUUAAAUUAUACAGAGCCUUUAUUUUCUUUUAUGUGACAGGCAAUAAGCGAGUAAUGAAUUUUUGGACACGAUACACAAAAAUUGGUUUCUAAGAAAUAAAUAACGUUUAUUGUUUUGCACGUCAAAAAAACCUAGUUUAUUUUUCGAGAUUCUAAGAUAUGAUGUCCUAGAAAAGCGAUCCCACCUAAGAGAAGAGAAUGAAAUCGACAUAAAAUAAUAAGAAAAUUAACACGAGAACUAGAGUGAGAGAAAGAGUGUGUGAGAGAGGAGAGCGAAACUCGCCCUCACAACUCGAUCAAGAAAAACAAUUUUGUGUCGCGAAACAAAAUAAAUGAUAAAUGAAAUAAUAAUAAGUAAAUUAAAGAAAAAAAAUGAAAAUGUAAACUUAUCUCGCGCGAUGUGAAGUAGCGCGAGGUUAUAUUUGUAAAUGAUGCGCUUACUGCGAUUCGACCAAACGGUGAAAACUAUGAUAUUAUAUCUUUGUCCCGACUCUCAUGUAGUUCUUAGGCUCGAGGAGUGUUUAGCGAGAGUCGACUAAAAGAAAACGAAAUAAACGACGAUACACUGUGAAAAAUUUAAAAAGAAAUCAUGUAAAACAAUGUAACUGUAGAUCACGUUCGAGUGCAGCUUUCGUUCCGUGUAUUAUUGUAGAUGUAGUUGAUAAAUGGAAAAGAAAAGUGAUUGCGCGAGCGCGACGUUCGAAUCCCAGCAGCCGCAUCAUGUAAAAUCGACGGUAAACAUCCUGAAGAUAUACAUCUUUGAGAUAAAAUUUAAUAAACGUGCAUAUUGUUGUACAA